AUGACCACUCUUCGGGUACUGCUGCACGUAGCUGCUCACCGUGACUACGAGCUACACUCUCUUGACUUCAGCACUGCUUUCUUGCAGGGCAGCCUGCACGAGGAGAUCUGGCUGCGUCGCCCACCUGGUUUCACUGGGUCUUUUCCUCCUGGCACCCAGUGGAGCCUACGGCGGCCAGUCUACGGUCUCCGCCAGGCACCGCGUGAGUGGCACGACACACUGAGGACUACACUUGCGGCUCUUGGGUUUGCUCCCUCUACUGCCGACCCGUCGUUGUUUCUGCGCACCGACACUUCUUUGCCGCCGUUCUACAUCCUCGUGUACGUCGACGACUUGGUCUUUGCCACAGCUGACACUGCUGGACUCGCCCACGUGAAGUCCGAGCUGCAGAAGAGACACACGUGCACUGACCUGGGUGAACUGCGCAGCUACCUUGGCUUGCAGAUCACUCGGGACAGAGCACGCCGCACCAUUACCCUGACUCAGUCACACAUGGUGCAGCAGGUCCUUCAGCGCUUCGGCUUCACGUACUCCUCGCCUCAGGCCACUCCUCUGCCUACUCGCCACUCGCUCUCAGCUCUGCCUUCGGAUGAGUCCGUAGAGUCGAGUGGCCCGUACCCAGAGCUUGUUGGCUGCCUCAUACCGGAGCACAUGGCUGCAGCGAAGAGGGUGUUGCGCUACUUGUGCAGUACGUCGGGCAUGGGGCUUGUGCUUGGAGGGCAGAGUCCAGUGGUCCUUACUGGGCACGCAGACGCUUCUUGGGCUGACGACCAGGCUACGCAGCGGUCGUCACAGGGUUACACCUUCAGCCUUGGUUCCGGCUCUGUUUCGUGGCGGGCUACUCGCUCGUCUUCUGUUCUCGGCUCCAGUUGUGAGGCUGAGAUCUACGCAGGAGCCAUGGCUGCACAGGAGCUUCGCUGGCUCACCUACCUGCUGACUGACCUCGGAGAGCCGCCUCGUUCUCCUCCAGUGCUGUACGUAGACAACAAGGCCAUGCUGGCCUUGUGUCGGGAGCAGCGACUGGAGCACAGAACGAAGCACAUUGCUCUCCGCUACUUUCUUGCUCGUGAGCUGCAGCAACGUGGUCAGCUGCGUCUUGCGUACGUGGCCUCUGAGGCCAACACUGCUGAUAUCUUCACCAAGGCGCUUGCGCCUUGUGACCAUCAGCGCUUCUGUACUUAG